AUGUUACAAUUGUUGCAAGUCACCGAUACGAGUGUGGCUUACAUCGUGCUCGGAGGCUUUGCCGUCGCGUUCAGUUUGGUGUCGUUGCUCGUGAAAGAGAAGUUGUACAUCAAUGAAGUCGUCCUCGGGACCGCCUUCGGAGUUAUCAUCGGUCCCUAUGUCUUUGGCAUUUUCGAUCCGCGGUCUUGGGGAUCUCAUACGAAUGCCAUAACUCUUGAAGUGAUGCGUGUAGUCCUCGCGACAGGACUAUUCGCCAUUGGUGUCGAGCUGCCGCAGACGUACAUGAAAGAUCACAUGAAGAGUCUGCUCGUCAUGGUCGUACCUACCAUGGCAUUCGGUUGGGUUGCUGUCGCUGCUGUCAUUUAUGGAUUAUUUCCUCAGUUUAACUACAUAUCCGCACUUGUCAUCGCUGCCUGCCUGACACCCACGGAUCCCAUCAUUUGUGCUGCCAUCGUUGGCGGCAAAUUUGCGUUAGAGCACGUACCCGCUAAUCUGCGCCUCAUUCUCUCCGCCGAAUCUGCUGCAAACGAUGGGCUGGCCUAUCCAUUCCUGAGCAUCUCAAUCUACCUCACGGUUGAGUCCUCCGUCCGCGUCGCCAUCGGCAAAUGGUUCCUGGUAGGCUGGUUGUAUCAAGUCAUACUAGGUGUGGUCCUCGGCACUUUGCUAGGUUUUCUUUGCUGCUACCUGAUGAAGCUGUCGUACCGCAAGGGUUUCACUGAUCGCCAGUCGUAUCUUGCCCAAUAUCUCGCUGCAGCAGUCUUCACUAUCGGGAUCGUCAGGACCAUCGGAAGCGAUGACCUUCUGGCAGCAUUCGCCGCAGGCACUGCUAUUAGUUGGGACGGCCACUUCAACGAUCGAACACAGAACGAAUCGUUCUCUACCGUUAUUGAUCUACUGCUCAACUGUGCCUGCUUUGUGUACAUCGGAGCGUGGUUACCUUUUUCGUCAUUCAACUCUCCGGAGCUGGGUAUCACUGCGUGGCGUCUCGUUGUGUUGUUUGUCGUCGUGCUACUCAUCCGCCGGAUCCCUCCUCUCCUGGUCUUAUUCAAAUGGAUACCAGAGAUCAGGAGCUGGCGCGAAGCACUAUUUUCCGGCCAUUUUGGACCGAUGGGAGUCGGGGCAGUGUUCAUCUCCACUAAUGCUGUGUUAAGACUUCCCGAGCCGGAAUCUCCUCCCCAGGGCCAGGCACAACUGCUCGCUGCAACCCUCCAGCCAAUCGUUUCGUUCAUAGUGCUGGGCUCUAUCAUCAUUCAUGGUCUAUCCAUCCCCUUCUUUUCGUUCGGGAGAAGCGUAGGCUCUCGCACGAUCACGUUGACCCGCACAUGGACAUCCCGUGGACCUGCUGCGCCAGACUGGUUGCUCUGGGCACGACGCGUACCGGGCCCUGAACUGUCCAACUCAGAUACAUUUUCCCGUGCCGACCCCGAGCAGGGGGUGGAGACAACGGUUACGUCGGAAGACGGGAAGGCACAUCCGUCCAUCAAAACCUAUGAGGACGCCGCCAGCAUAUCGUUAGACCAUCCGUCUUCAAUGGAGUCUGUGGUAGAAGGUCUCCGCAAGCCCUUGCAGGACAAUGUCGCGCCCUUGGUAAGCGCGACCAGUGCGCCAAACCUUAUGCGUUCUGACGUUGAUAUUGCCAGUGUUGCUGCAAGCCCAGAGAUCAUACGAAUUGUUGAGUCCAAUGAGCCCGUAAAGACCAGUCCACUGCAGAAAAUGGGCCAUUUAAUUUCCGAUGACGGAGGAAGCACAUACUCGAACGAAGGCGCGUACAGCGAUGACGACCAACCGCUUCCUUCUAGUAUGCAGUCUUCAGCGAGCAUCAAGACGGUCCACCUCCCAUCCGCUCAGUAA